UUGACCCUAUAGCUUCUGUCUUAACUAGUCAAUGAAAAGAAACACUACACAUUUAUCUAAAACACAUUUUAAUAUUACUGCUUUCUCGGGUUUGUCCGCUUUUGCUGCGAAAUUGACGGAGUUCGUGUGGGGUUUUGGUGGUGCCCCUGCUCCUUCACUUCACCAACAAAACUAAUCAACACAAUGCAGUUCCGCCGCAGUUUCAGGCAAGUCAUGAAGUUGUUCCUUCUGUUGGCGUUCAAAUCUCUGGUGGUGUCCGCCAGCAUUAAACACCUUGUCACAGACCCACAUUGGAAACCCGCUACCGCCACCUGGUACGGUGACCCCGAAGGCGACGGUAGUGACGGAGGGGCAUGUGGGUAUGGUUCAUUGGUGGACGUAAAGCCGCUGAGGGCCAGAGUGGGUUCGGUGAGUCCAAUUCUUUUCAAGAAAGGAGAGGGGUGUGGGGCAUGUUACAAAGUGAAGUGCUUGGACAAAAGCAUUUGCUCAAGAAGGGCAGUCACCAUAAUUGUAACCGACGAGUGCCCGGGUGGAUACUGCUCCAAUGGCCACACCCACUUUGAUCUCAGCGGUGCAGCCUUUGGUCGCAUGGCCAUAGCUGGUGAGGGUCCCCAGCUCCGAAACCGAGGAGAGCUCUCAGUCAUCUACAGGCGGACGCCGUGUAAAUAUCCUGGAAAGAACAUAGCCUUUCAUGUGAAUGAAGGUUCGACUGAUUACUGGCUGUCCAUUCUGGUGGAAUUUGAAGAUGGAGAUGGAGAUGUGGGAUCAAUGCAUAUAAGAGAAGCAAGUUCCAGCCAGUGGUUGCAGAUGAAUCAUGUAUGGGGAGCAACCUGGUGUAUUAUUGGGGGACCCUUGAAGGGACCAUUCUCAGUGAAGAUAGCAACACUUUCAACAGGAAGAGCUCUCUCUGCAAGGGAUGUAAUUCCAAGGAACUGGUCUCCAAAAGCAACUUACACAUCUCGCCUCAAUUUCAACUUCUAAUAACUAGUCUUUCUCUUUUGGGUUUUUUUUAAAACACAUUUCUCAGGAAAGAAAAGUAGCUAUUGGACAGCAUCCAAUGCUCUUUCUUUUCUUUUUUUUUUCAACUUCAUUUGGUGCCAUUCUUAGUGUGCAAGUGGGUAUUGUAGAUAUUGUAGCCCUCUCAAAAGGAGAGAGAGCGUACAAGAAUAGUAUAUGUAAUAGUAAUGUAACAUUGUGGACCCUGUGUUUGUUUCUAAUGAAUUUAGGCUUUUAGCAUCGACUUGUUGUGUUGUGUUUGGACACAACACAAGGUGAGGUUGCGGAGCCUUGUCCUCUGUUUUCUGCAGCUGAAGCAAAAUUAAUUGGUCUCCACUUGGCACGGUAUUAUUAUCA